AUGAUAUUUAAAGUUUGGUUUUCAUAUGAAGAUGAGGAAGUGGAACUAUCAGAAUUAACAAAUGAUACAACAGUGUCAGCAAUUAGAAAGAUCUUACAUGAAGGUAAAAUAUUUAGAUUUCCAUAUGGUACAUCUCAAACAGACUUGCAAAUUGGAAAGAUGUUACCAUCUGGUAGUGGUGGAGGUGCAACUGCAGACAGCAAAUUUGAGAAGUUUAAAGCACGUAAUACAUUAGCAGAUAUUCAAUAUAAAGUUGGUGAUACAUUAUAUGUUAGAGUUAAAAAAAGUAAACCAACAAAUGAUUCAUUAUUACCAACAUUAAAUAUAGCAUUUUUAGAUGGAUCAGAACGUGCAAUUAAAUGGGAAUAUGACCCAUAUACUACAACUGCUCAAUGGACCUGUACAGCAACAUUAGUCAAAGUUGAACCAGUACCAUUUGCUGAAGGUGCAUUUAGGAAAGCUUAUCAUACAUUGGAUUUAAGUAAAUCUGGUGCAAGUGGAAGAUAUGUAUCAAAGAUUGGUAAAAAACCAACACCAAGACCAUCAUAUUUUGAAGAUGUAAAGAUGCAAAUGAUAGCAAAGAAAUGGGCAGAUAAAUAUAAUUCAUUUAAACCUCCAAAAAAGAUUGAAUUUUUACAAUCAUGCGUUUUAGAGUUUGUAGAUAGAACAUCAUCAGAUUUAAUUUGUGGAGCAGAACCAUAUGUAGAAGGACAAUAUAGAAAGUAUAAUAAUAAUAGUGGAUUCGUUAGUAAUGAUGAAAGAAAUACACCACAAUCAUUCUCUCAUUUCACAUAUGAACAUUCAAAUCAUCAAUUAUUGAUUAUAGAUAUUCAAGGUGUUGGUGAUCACUAUACAGACCCACAAAUUCAUACCUAUGAUGGUGUUGGUUUUGGUAUUGGUAAUUUGGGUCAAAAAGGUUUUGAAAAGUUUUUAGAUACUCAUAAAUGUAAUGCAAUUUGCCAAUAUUUAAAUUUACAAUCAAUUAAUCCAAAAUCUGAAAAAAGUGAUUGUGGUACUGUACCAAGACCAGAUUUAAUUUUCCCUGAUACAUCUGAAAGAGAUAAUAAUAAUAAUAAUAAUAAUAAUAAUAAUAAUAAUAAUAAUAAUAAUAAUAAUAAUAGUAAUAAUAAUAAUAAUAACAAUAGUAGUAUUUCAAAAUCAUUAGUUGAAAUUUCAAGUGGUAGUAAAGAAAGAAAUGAUAGAGAUUCGCCAAGUAGACAAUUAUUUGUUUCAAAUGAUGGUAAUACAUUAAAUACAAAUAAAGAGAGAUCAAAAUCAAAAUCAAUAGAUUUAGAAAAACCAGAAAUUUUAAUAAAUAAUAAGAAAAAAGAGAGUAUAAAUUUGGAAACGAUAAAAUUAAUUGAAACUAUUAAAGGAUAUCAUGUUACAAGUCAUUUAUGUAUUUGUGAUAAUUUAUUAUUUACAGGAUGUUCAGAUAAUUCAAUUAGAGUGUAUGAUUAUAAGAGUCAAAAUAUGGAAUGUGUUCAAACCUUGAAAGGUCAUGAAGGUCCAGUUGAAUCAAUUUGUUAUAAUGAUCAAUAUUUGUUUAGUGGUUCAUCAGAUCAUUCAAUUAAAGUUUGGGAUUUAAAGAAAUUAAGAUGUAUUUUUACUUUGGAGGGUCAUGAUAAACCUGUCCAUACGGUUCUAUUGAAUGAUAAAUAUUUGUUUAGUGGUUCCUCUGACAAAACUAUCAAAGUUUGGGAUUUGAAAACUUUGGAAUGUAAAUAUACCCUUGAAAGUCAUGCCAGAGCCGUCAAAACACUUUGUAUAUCUGGUCAAUAUUUAUUUAGUGGUUCAAAUGAUAAAACUAUCAAGGUUUGGGAUUUGAAAACUUUUCGUUGUAACUACACUCUAAAAGGUCAUACUAAAUGGGUCACCACUAUCUGUAUAUUAGGUACCAAUCUCUACAGUGGCUCCUAUGAUAAAACUAUAAGAGUUUGGAAUUUAAAGAGUUUAGAAUGUUCCGCUACUUUAAGAGGCCAUGAUAGAUGGGUUGAACAUAUGGUAAUUUGUGAUAAAUUAUUAUUUACUGCUAGUGACGAUAAUACAAUUAAAAUUUGGGAUUUAGAAACAUUAAGAUGUAAUACAACUUUGGAAGGACAUAAUGCAACCGUUCAAUGUUUAGCAGUUUGGGAAGAUAAAAAAUGUGUUAUUAGUUGUAGUCAUGAUCAAAGUAUUAGAGUUUGGGGUUGGAAUUAA